AUGGAGAAUGUUAGAAGUCAAUUUGGUUACUUUAAUGGGUUCAAUGUUUCUACAAAUGGCUUGCGAGGUGGUUUAGGCGUAGCUUGGAAAUUGGGGGGUGCUCCUAGGGAUGAGAGGAGGAUGGAAAUGUUUCGAGGAGUUUUAGAGGACUAUUAUUUAGUGGAUGUGGAUUAUUCUGGAUCAUGGUAUACAUGGGAAAGAAGGAAUCUUUCAGAGACAAAUAUCAGAGAUAGAUUGAGCAGAGGAGUGGCUAACGAAAGAUUUUUGAAUUUGUUCCCUAAAUUAAUGGUACGACAUUUAACCAACUCGUAUUUUGAUCAUUACCCACUUAUCCAGAUGAAGCAAGACGUUCAUCAAAGAGUUAUGCGGUUUCAUUUUGAGGAAUGGUGGGUAAUGGAAGAGUUUUUUGAGGAAGAGGUUAGAAAGUUAUGGGGUGGUGAUGAAAGUGAUUUGUUUGUGAAGCAUGAGUGGGUUCAGAACGGGUUGCGUAAAUGGGCCAAAUCGAUUUGA